AUGUGGGUGGUCUUGCUGGAUCCAGCGCAGGUCGCCGUCGCGGUCCCCAUCUCAGAGUGGGCGGGGCAGCUGCGAGACAUCGCGGCGGCCUUCCCCCGCAAGAUAGUGGCGGCGACUUCGAAGGCGCAGCGUUUCGCCGCCAGCCUCCGUGAGGCACUGAGCCAGCGCGGGGUGCAGGUCCCAUCUGUUGCGGACUUCAAAGCGAAGUCCUGGUGGGCCCAGAGGUUGACGGACUGCGAGGCCAAUGUCCUGGCGAUCACUUCGGCGGUUGCCCAGAGCGCCGGGGACUACAACCCCGAGGACGUCUCGAUGACCUGGGACUUGCAGAACUCGCUGUCGUGGCCCCGGAAAAAGGACGCCAGCAACGCCGGGGCCAUGGAUUGCAUGAUGCGUCGCCACAUCCACUGGAACACCAAGGUAGGCAGGCCUCUGAGCGGCCUUGAGCAGCUGAUCAUCCAAGGAUUCCCCGCGAACAUUCGCAUCAGCGAGUUCCCGUCAGGGCCCGCCCGUCCUGUCGGAAUCCACGACGAGGCUUCGCUCCCAAAGGCCGAAGUGGAUUCGGCGCUGGAGGGCUUGAGCGACUCCGACCUCCGCAGCCUCAGCGGCGACACCCAAUCCGUUCCUGUGUUGGCCGCAAUAUUGAUUAUGGCGAUGAGCAAUUCGAGGAUCAAGGACAGGGGGGUUGUGGCCAUGGCGGACACAGAUGUACUCCAAUCGCCCCUGGAGGUGGAGUGGGUUGGUCCGAAGCGUUUUGCGCGUAGUAGUCCAGCAGAUGACGUCUUCAAGUGGGCUGGCCUGCCCCAGCAGAAGCGUGCGAGGCUUCAGCGGCCGGCGUAG